CACAUGAUGAGCCCUGGGGCUUUAAUUUAAUCAGAAGGGAGGAGGGCAGCAGGCAAACUUUAUUCCCAGUUUUGCUCUGAAGAGGUUUGGACAAACAGCAGGCUGGUCCAUGCAAGUUCUGUGCUUGUGAGUCCAGCUGUGCAUUUCCAGUUAUGAAGAGGGUCUGCCUCUUCUUCCUCCUUGGAUACCUGCUUGCAGCUGAAGGAGUUCAAUCUGCUGUGGCCACCAGACAAUUUCGAGAUGUGAUGAGUCGAGGAAGGGCAUCUUCUCACGCCAAGUUCCAUAGGGGGCUGAGGAGCUGGUCCUCCGAUCACAACAACUGGAAUGACAAGCUUUACCCAUACUGGGAAGAAGGAGAUCCCAGAUGGAAAGACUGCUGGAAAGGGGGAAGGGUUGUGGCCAGUCUGACCAGUGACAGUCCAGCUCUGGUGGGAUCCAAUGUAUCCUUUAAUGUGAUCCUCAAGUUUCCCAGAUGUCAAAGAGAAGAUAAUGACAGCAAUAUAAUAUAUGAUCGACACUGCAUCAACGGUUCUUCUGAUUAUGCAAAUCUUACCGACCUGUAUGUUUACAACUGGACUCAGUGGAUUGACGAUUGUGACGGGCAAAAUUGCUCUCAUAACAGUAGUCACAAUGUGUUUCCAGAUGGCAGACCUUUCCCUCACCACAAAGACUGGAGGAGGAGAAACUUCAUCUAUGUGUUUCACACUCUUGGCCAGUAUUAUCAAACAACGGGAGGUUCUUCAGCUAUGGUGUCCGUCAACACAACAAAUAUCACGCUUGGCAAUCAAAUUAUGGAAGUAUCAGUUUAUAGGCGAAAUUAUCGAUCGUUUCAACCAGUAGCCACAGCAAAUGUUGUUUAUGUCGUAACAGAUAAAAUCCCUUUCUAUGUGAACAUGACCCAGAAGAAUGAUCGCAACGCCUCAGACUACAUUUUCAUCAAGGAUAUCCCCAUUACGUUUGAUGUCCAGAUUCACGAUCCUAGCCACUAUCUGAACCGCUCUGCUAUUUCCUACCGCUGGAAUUUUGGAGACGGCAGUGGUUUAUUUGUUUCCAACAGUUCUGUGGAGAUGCACACAUAUAAACUUCUGGGAAAUUUCAGCCUUGACUUGUCUGUCCACGCUCUUAUACCCGCCCCUUGUGGACCACCAACACCUCUUCCACCAGUAACUACCCCGCUGCCUUCAAAUGUAACUCCCACCUUCAAUAGUUUAACAGAGGUGCCAACAGGACAGUCUCCUGUCGAAGGAUGCCAUAUUGCUCGAUCUGGACCUUAUAAAGCAUUCCUCUUCAUUGCAGAGGGGAUCCUUGGGGUCAAUAUUAUCCAAAUGACAAGUGUCCAGGUGGCAACUACUCAGGUUGAGAACUCCAUGGUUGAUUUUGUGGUAACCUGUCAAGGGAGUCUUCCUACAGAUGCCUGCACAAUAAUUGCUGACCCCACCUGCCAGGUGUUACAGAGUGAGGCAUGUGACCCUGUUGACAUAGAUGAGUGCCUGCUGACCAUAAGACGGACCUUUAACGAAUCCGGAACCUAUUGUGUGAACAUUACACUGGGUGAUGCAGCAAGCCUGGCUCUCACAAGUACUUUGAUAUCCAUCAAUGGAGCUGCAGGGUCAUUUUCAAGGACAGCAGAAGGUGUUCUGCUCGCUUGCGGUUUCUUGGUGGUGUUUGUUGCCGUUGCGACUUUUUUCCUUUACAAGAGAUAUAAAGAAUACAAGCCUAUUGAAAGAAAAACUGGAGACGAGGCCAGUAACGAGGGACUGAGUGUUUAUUUCAACAAUGUCAAGGCUGUCCUCUUCCCGGCAAACAAUGAGAAACAUCCUCUGCUGAAAAAUAAGCCAGGAAUUGUUUAACUCAUCAGUAUAAUCGCUUAUAUUUGUAUGCAUUUGGGGAUUCACAUUGAACUGUCAUUCAAUGGAAGAAUACCUAAAUGUUAAAAUCAGGAUUUAUGUGGUAAACUUAUAGUACUAUAGAAUGGCUGGUGUUGUGUUGACUUAGGAGGUUAAAAUGGCAUCUCAUGGAGAAAUUGAUCAUGCAUUUUAUGUUCUUGAAUCUGCUAUGGUAUAUUAACUAAUAAAUCAUUUAAGGUUGAUACAGUUUCCUAGACUAGUUACUCCUCCUGAGUAUCGCUAAGUGUCUUCUUGGCAGAAAGAUAUUUUCUCCAAAGAAUUUAAACUUGGGCUGAAAUCCUAGCAAGUCAAGUCCCACCAAACUUGAGGGAGCUUGCUUUGGGGUAAUCAUGCAGAGGAUAAUGCUGUUAAAUUGGAAUUUCCCUAAGGUAGUGAUGAUGUGGCUGCUUUGAAAAUUAUAAAAGGUACCUAAGAAAUGACCAGCAUGUAGCAUCACUUACCCCAAUGGCUUCAGAUGAAUAGUAGACAUACCCAAUAUAUUCUCCAUCAGUUGAACAACUUGCAGUUAGAUGACCACUCUUGGUUCUGUUUCCUCUGCCAACUAUAUUCCUUAUACUUGAGAUACAUGAGAGCAGGAUCUUCCUUCUGCACCCAAAGGAGCAGUAGGCAAUGUGCACUGAAAUAUCCAUGGCUCUGCUCCCUUGGGAUGUUUGUGUGGGACUGUUAGUCUACAUGCUCCUGAGUCUUCAGGCCACACUAGUCCCCACUUCUCUGCUCAGCAGAAUAUGCCAUGUGGUGUUGACAUGGAGUGAUCCUACAUGGCUCUAUGGUGUUUUUUGUUUUUUUACUAGAUAGCUUUCCUGAACAUCUGUGGUUUAAUGGCAAAGCGCUCAGCGGAAAGUGUGAGAAGUUCUCUUAGAAAUAUGCCCUAGCACAAAGAUAUAUUUGCACAAUUUCAGUCUGAAACCAGAGGACAAAGCAAUGCUUCCCUGGUACUGCUUGCUUUUAUGCAAUAAUUAUGUUAUGCUAUCUCUCAAGCUGGAAAACUCACACUGGCACACAGGACAAGUUUGUUCUAGUACUACAUAAUCAGAGUUUAGCAAUGCUGUAAACUUUGGAAAUACGAAGACUUUGAAAAUAAGCAAUAUAUUUGGCUGAAAACUGCGGCAAGGAGGGUAGCACAAUAGACACAGUAGGAUUUAUGAAAUACUGUUAUGCAAUAUGCCAUUUAUAAUGCAAAAUUUAUAUGGUUGGCUUCAGAACUUUCUGCAUCUUACAGCUUUUUCCACUAAAGAAAAUUAUGUGGAACUAUCUGCCUGCCUUUCUGGAAAAUGCAUAAAGGGUUUUUGAUUAAAUCUGUUCAGUAUAAAUCUGCUUUCUUUUGAUUCAGUUAUUUGGCUGCUUAGGUAUCUGCCUGAUCCUGCAGAUUGUGUAGAAUGCUUUGGUCCACUCAUGUCCACAGAGGGCUGCUGAAGACAUUUUAUAUCUGAAACCAAGCCCUCCUCUCAACUACUGGGGUGAAGGGAGCACACAAAGGAUGUUGAAGGAUUUGGGAACUUCAGGGUAGAAGGAAGGAGGGAAAGCCUUUUCUUUAUUCCUUUGUCAGCUUCCCCUCUUCUUUGUAAAUUAUUGAGAUGGGACAGGGAGGAAGAUAGGAGGACAAAAAAAUAUGAGUCCUUUCCCCCUUCCCUUUCCCACCUCACAAUUUUUCCAGGUGUUGAAAACAUGGCAAUAGCACCCAAAGUUGGAGGCAAUCACUUUGCACUGCCUCACAGCACCUGUUCCCAACCAGUUUAAUCUUUGCAGUGGUGUUUAUGAUAUAAGGUAGUGUCCUCUUUGAUAGCGAUGUUUUCCCUGCAGAAAUAGGCACAGUGAGCUCUAGAUGCAAAGAAGCACAGUUCUCCUGUAACUUUAACAACAAUAUAGUUAUCAUGGUACUGUGG